CUGGCCUUCUGCAAAACAAGCAGUCUGGCCUAGCCAAAGCGAGAGACCAGGUGUCUGACCGCCAGUAAAGGUAAUGUGGGGCGGGACCUGCGGUCCGAGAUGCACCAGGACAGGCGCCGCGCAUCCCAGCCCUGGCUCCAGACUACAGCUCCCGGCAUACCCCGCGCCUGGUACCCGCCCGCAGCCCGCGGAGGGGAGGAUGCAGACACCGAGGCUGGCGAUGAGGAUGGAGGCCGGGGAGGCAGCGCCACCGGUGGGGGCGGGCGGCCGAGCCGGGGGCGGCUGGGGCAAGUGGGUGCGGCUGAACGUAGGGGGCACGGUGUUCCUGACCACCCGCCAGACGCUGUGCCGGGAGCAGAAGUCCUUCCUCAGCCGCCUGUGCCAAGGCGAAGAGCUGCAGUCGGAUCGGGAUGAGACCGGGGCCUACCUCAUUGACCGUGACCCCACCUACUUCGGGCCCAUAUUGAACUUCCUCAGGCAUGGCAAGCUGGUGCUGGACAAGGAUAUGGCUGAGGAGGGGGUCCUGGAGGAAGCCGAGUUCUACAACAUUGGCCCCCUGAUCCGAAUCAUCAAAGACAGGAUGGAGGAGAAAGACUACACAGUGACCCAGGUGCCACCCAAGCAUGUGUACCGUGUACUGCAGUGUCAGGAGGAAGAGCUCACACAGAUGGUCUCCACCAUGUCUGAUGGCUGGCGCUUCGAGCAGCUCGUGAACAUCGGCUCCUCUUACAACUAUGGCAGUGAGGACCAAGCCGAGUUCCUGUGUGUGGUGUCUAAGGAACUCCACAGCUCCCCACACGGCCUAAGCUCAGAGUCUAGCCGUAAGACCAAGAGCACGGACGAGCAGCUGGAGGAGCGGCGGCGGCAGGAGGUGGAGGAGGUGGAGGUGGCCCAGGUGCAGGUGGAGGCGGAUGCCCAGGAGAAAGCCCUGUCAUCUCAGGAUCCCGCUAACCUUUUCUCCCUCCCACCACCGCCUCCUCCUCCUCCGCUUCCUGCUGGAGGUCCUGCUUCAUCUUCAUCUACCUCCUCUUCCUCCUGGAUCUCAUCUGCACCCUGCCUCUUCCCUCUCUGCCCCUGCCCAGGUCCCUGUCCGCACCCUCCCAGACCCAAGCCUGAGCUUGCUGUGAGAGCUCCUCGGCCCCGCGCCCGCCCCCAGAGCUGCCGCCCCUGCUAUUACAAGCCAGAGGCACCCGGAUGUGAGCCCCCAGAUCACCUCCAGGGACUUGGGGUUCCGAUCUGAAAUCCUUUAUUUUUGUACCACGGGGUGGGCCCCCGGCCCGAGGAGGAAGACUUGCCCUGUCCCUUGUCACUGCUGCCUGCCUCUGCCGGGCGGGGACUCAAUCCUGCCUCCAGGCCCAGGCCUGGGGCCCUCGGGGACCUUGGAAGGCCUGAGGUGGGUCCUGGGCUCUCCAGGCAGAGUCACCUGCCCAUGGCCAAAGUGUGGCACUGCCCACUCCUGUCUCCCAGGCCCUUUUGUCCCCUCGCCUGGGUCCCUUUGCUGCAUGGCAGAUACACUCCCUCCCGGCCUGUCAUAGCACCCUCCUUGAGCCUCUGUCUCCAUGGCACCCCCUCCUCCCACCUACCUCACAGGGGUGUUGUGAGGACCAGGGAGGAAGGGGGAUCCUGGAAGCCCUAAGUGUCUGGGUCUGCAGCCCGUUACCUUCUAGGGGGAGGGACUCUAGCCUGGCCCCCGAGUGGGACAUGAUGGCUUCAGAUACGGGUAGGGGACCAUGUGAGGACUUAGCCAAGCAGGAAGGGAGGUACAGACUUGGCAUCACCUUGGCGGCCCCUCCCCUGUGCCACGAUGUGUUUGGCGGCAGAGUGCCCUGGCAAGUCGCGAGGCUGCCCCGGGGACUUGUGAUGGGGAAGGAAGGGGUCGGGUGUGAUAGGGGCUGAGCUGCCCCUCCCGUGUCUCCACCACCUGGGAUGGGCACACAUCUGUCCGUGGUGUCCCACCCGCCAUGAAAUAAACCUGAAUGAACAGGC